AAGCGGCCCGGGAGCCGGGUGGGCGGUCCACACCGAGAGCAGCGGCUACCUUCUGCCUUCCUAGUCGGGUGCCGCGUCCGCCACCAUGUCCCUGGCUGCCUCAGCGGGCCGGGGCCCGGGGACCAUGUGGUCUCCUACACACGUGCAGGUGACGGUGCUACAGGCGCGGGGCCUGCGGGCUAAGGGUCCCGGGGGCACGAGCGACGCGUACGCGGUGAUCCAGGUGGGCAAGGAGAAGUACGCCACGUCGGUGUCGGAGCGCAGUCUGGGCGCGCCGGUGUGGCGCGAGGAGGCCACCUUCGAGCUGCCGCCGCUGCUGUCCUCAGGGGCUGCGCCCGCCGCCGCCGCCACCCUGCAGCUCACCGUCCUGCACCGCGCGCUCCUCGGCCUGGAUAAGUUCCUGGGUCGCGCCGAGGUGGACCUGCGGGAGCUGCACCGGGACCAGAGCCGCAGGAAGACGCAAUGGUACGCCUUGAAGUCCAAACCAGGAAAGAAGGAGAAAGAGCGAGGAGAAAUUGAGGUGGAUAUCCAGUUUAUGAGAAACAAUAUGACUGCCAGCAUGUUUGACCUCUCCAUGAAAGAUAAGUCUCGGAAUCCAUUUGGAAAGCUGAAGGACAAGAUCAAAGGGAAGAGUAAGGAGAGCGCGUCGGACACCACCUCGGCCAUCGUCCCCAGUGCGGCACCCUCAGUCGACAGUGAUGAUGACUCUUUUUCAAAAGACAAGAAAAAGAAAUCGAAAAUCAAGACUUUGUUUUCCAAGUCCAAUUUGCAGAAGACACCGCUCUCCCAGUCCAUGUCUGUCCUGCCGACUUCAAAGCCAGACAAAGUGCUGCUCCGUCCUGGAGACUUCCAGUCCCGGUGGGGUGAUGACGACAUCGAAGAUGAGUCCUCCUCUUCCACCUCGGACGUCAUGUUCCACAAGCGAACAUCCAGUGCUGACCACACACAAUCGAACCAGACCAACUUCAGCCUUCCCAGGAAAGAAGGGCUCUCCUUCCUUGGGGGCCUCCGGUCCAAGAACGAUUCCCUUUCCCGAUCUAACGUCUGUAUCAACGGGAACCAUGUUUACGUGGAGCAGCCGGAGGCCAAGGGUGAGGUCAGAGACAGCAGCCCUUCUAGCUCCCCAUCGCCCCAGGGCUUCAGGAAGAAGCUUUUGUUCGUAUCCACUGAAAAUCUGGCUGCCCGGUCUCCUAAGGAGCCAGGGGAAGGAGGAGGCACGGCCUCCGACAGGCGACUGUCCGACUCUUCCACCAAGGACUCCAUGAAGUCCAUGUCUCUGCCAUCCUACCGACCUCUGACCAGUGGGGACAGUAGAGAGAGCACGUCUUCUCCAGCCAACACAGAGGCUACAAAAGAAACAAAAGACAGCAAGAAGCAGGAGAGCAAGAAGUCCUCUUUGCUUUCUCUGGUGACAGGAAAGAAAGAUGUGCCUAAAGGCAGUGAAGGUGACCCUCUUCCCGCUGUCUCAGAGAAGGAAAGGAAAGCAAGGCUCGUGGGCGCCCAGCUGCGGGAGGAAGACCCCGUGAGAGGAUCUGAGAAAGAUGUUGUACCUGUUGCCUUCCAGGGGGGCGGCUCCCCGAACCCCUUUGAAGAGGUGCAGAUCUCAGACCCCGAAGCCAGCCUGGAAUCGAAGUCUGAACUGAAACCACCAGUUCCUGCUGCAAGGGCUCCCCAGACCAAAGCUGUGAAGCCUAGACUGGAAGUUUCUCCAGAGGCUCAACCCAAAGCCAGGCUUCCUUCCCCUGUCUCUGCUCUCUUUCCGACUCUGCCUUCUAGCUCUGCUCAGGCUCCUCUCUUCUCUGACUUGAGAUGUGACUCAGAGACCCAGCCCUCCAAAACUUCUCCUGCCUCUUCCUCUUCCUCCUUCUCUUCUUCCUCCCCCUCCUCCUCCACCUCCUCCUCCUCUCCCCUAGCAGCCCCUAUCUCUACAUCCACUCCAGUCGAACACUGGCCCCCCACAGGCAGUGAUGAGGCCAAUUCUGAAGAACCUUCUUUGCUCCUCAAAACAAUCUCUUCCAAGGAGAGUUUAACACUGGCUGCGAACAGUGGUUCUUUUGCCUCGGGGUCACCUUGCAAAGAGCUUCCUAUCCUAGUGCGGAAGGGGAUGGAAGAAUCUGCAGGGGGCAAGAUCAGGGAGACAGGGACGGAAGCUGGUAGUGUCGAGUCAGGAAAGAUCCUCAUGGGGCAGCGUGAGGAGCCUGUGAAGUAUCCAUUCCCAGAGCAGCCCUGGGGCCCCUUGCCUGAAGAGGUCCAGGAAGAACUCUCAGUGCUUUCACUCCACAGUGACAGAACUGUAAACCCUGGUGAGAUGUCUCCCGCGGGGGAAGCCUCAGACUCAGAGCGUCGGUCUGGGUCUUCUGUGGAGAACAUUCGGGAUGGUAGAAUGACGUCUACUGUCAAGGAAGCAACCCUACCUCCUCAAGAGGCAGGGGCAACCUCCUUCUUUGACAGCAUAGCACAGAAACACGAAGAGAUGCACAUGAAUGCCAGUGGAGGUCAAAAGAAAGCAAAAAAACGUGUGUCCUUUUCUGAACAACUCUUUGUGGAAGAAGAAGAAGAAACAGAAAGACCCACUGGGCUUGAGGAGGAUGGAAGUCAUCUCCAGCCGCUGACAAAUGCAGGGCCUGUUGCUGGAAGCGUGCCUGGUGCAGAGUCGACCCACCUGGAAAGCACAGGAGAGGAACCUGCAGGCACAGAAGCUCAGCCCAUCGUCCCUUCUGAGAGCGAGAGGUUCUCGGAAGGCCCCACAAGCCAGGCCCGGCCAGCAAGAGGUACCCAAGACUUGAGGGAUGAGGAGAAGGAUGACCUCAUGACUCCGUGUCAGAGCAGAGCCAGCGAUCAUGAAGGCCUGCUAUCUAACCCCCUACAGGACCUUCCGUCUGCCUCUGAUGUGACACCUCCUGUCAUGGCAGAUCUGAGCUUGUCUCUUCCGUCCAUCCCUGAGGUGGCAUCAGAUGAUGAACAAGUAGAUGAGGCUGGAGAUGGAGGAGAGGCAGUCAAGCUGGUGGAUCUAGAAGUGGGAGCCUCACCCGCGAACGGGUCACUUUCCUGUCUGGAGAAGGCAGAGGAGCCGAGUGGCAGGACGCGUGAGUCAGUGCCCACGGAGAAUCUGCAUGACUUCAGGCCCCGAACUCCCGCAGCGGUUCCUUCCGAGCAGACAGGAGCAUUAGGAAUUUCUAAGCCACGUCUUGGCCAGUGCCCAAGUGUGAAUAAAGAGCUACCGGGCCCUGGUACUGUUGAGGAGGAGAAAGUGAAGGGGGGUGGGAGGCCAGCUUCGCCUCUCUGCUUAUCCCAGGACUCUCCUGUGUCCAGCCCCUCACUCUCUGAGACCUUUCCUGCCACACACUCUUUCUCCAACUCUCCAUACUCUGAAAAUCACCACACCGGUGUAGUGGAGUCUCAAACAACAACAACAGAAGGCUCCAUGGGUAAAGUUGAAAAUUUUGGCAAGAAGAAGCCACUUCUACAAGCCUGGGUCACACCCUCAGAGAUACAUCCAGUCCCAGCUCAGCCAAGUGCUGGAGCUGGGGCAGCCAAGCACAGGCUCCAUCCCGUGAAGCCGAUGAACGCAACAGCCCCCAAGAUGGCCAACUCCAGCUUGGGAACUGCCGCUGUCAUCAGUGGGAACCUGAUCAACGAAGCCAUUAUUAAGAAAUACCAGCCCUCGGACCCCGCCUUUGCCUAUGCACAGCUGACCCACGACGAGCUGAUCCAGCUGGUGCUCAAACAGAAGGAAACCAUCAGCAGGAAGGAGUUUCAGGUGCGGGAGCUGGAGGACUACAUCGACAACCUGCUAGUCAGGGUCAUGGAGGAGACGCCCAACAUCCUCCGAGUGCCGGCUCAGAUGGGCAGAAAGGCUGGGAAGAUGUGAACCGCAGGAAAGGAACAGG